GAGAGGUGCAGGCCGAGUCAGUUGCCUGUUAGCGGUGAUAAGUGUCAGAUCUAAAGCAGCAGAUAAGCAGCAGGACGCCAUCACCACGCAGCAGUGCCUUCUAGGGAGAAAGCAUCGCCUUCACCAUGAACACGUACAUGCUCUUCCACCACCUCCUGAUGCUGAUGUUCUUCGUGGUGCUGCCGCGACUCCCCGCUGUCCCAACAUCCGACUCAGACAGCAUGAUGGAAGUACUGGUUCUCGGCCGAGUGGGUUACAUCCCCGCCCAGGGCACCUAUGCCUGCUUCACGAGAAUGGGAGGGGAGGCACCUGACUUGGCCCUGCAGUACUCAGCCACGUACACCUAUGGCCCUUCAAAGACAAUGGCCACCUGUAACGGGGACAUCAGCCUGCAGACCUCUCUACUAGAUGGCUCGGUGGCCUACUGUUUGCCGCCAUGUCCCGGAAUGGAAAUGAUCUACUCAAACCCCUUGUCCAUCGUGAUCACGGGCCACGACAGAGUCACCAGGGAUAUUCAUGCUGCUCUCAUGGAAUCCAUCUUUCUACCAGAUGUGACUCCUACGGUAACUCAGCUCGGCCAGGGCGUGGUGGAGGUGCAGUGGGCGGCGCGACCAGGCAGGACAUACCAGCUCCAGCUUUGGCAUCACCUUCAGACUCCGGCGAAGGCUACACACACUGAAGGAGAGGUCGAAGUUAUAGGGAUGGUGAAAACUGAGAUGGGAGAAAUAAAAGAGAAUAUUGGAAAGAAAGAAUGUGGUAGUGAGGCAGCAGAGGGCGCCGGGGCGUUACUGGCAGCUGGUGACGGGGAGACGGAAGGAAGCCAACAAUCAUCGAUGGAAGGACUGGUGGAGAAGAGAAAUACGGAACUGUGCGGGGAAGUGAAAGACAGUGACAUAUCAUUAACAGAGGAUAAAGAAAUGAAUGAACUAAUGGAGGAUGGAAAGUUAUUCAACGAAGGCGGAUUAGUGGAGAAGAUGGAGGAAUUAUUAGGAAAAACUGUGGGUGGAUCUUUGACGGAGAGCGAGAGUGAGAUACAAAAGGGUGUGUGUGGAGUAAUGAGUAAUGAGACUUUGGUGAAGAUAAAGCAAUGCUAUCACGACCUUGACAAGGAAGAUGAUGCUGACGACGAUGACGAUGAUAAUGACAAUGAUGACGAUGAUCAUGAAGAGGACAAUGAUGAUUUCGUCAAGUUCAUGCGGUGGAGGAAAUGUGUUGCCCUUCACGCCACAUGUACUAAAACUCCCUCUGCCUCCGUCCUGGCACCGCUAGACAUUUCCGGACCACUCACCUGCCCGCCUGGCCUGUGCGUCUAUUACUUCAUGAAUGUUCCCACCUCAGGUUCUGUCUCUGUGGAAGUCAUGGAUGCAACGGAUGCUGUCGUCUCCUCGUCCCACACUCCGCCAGCACCCUCAAGGGAGUGGCGCAGCCUGAUCAUUGACAAAGUGGUGGUGAGCAGUGAUGGUGAGGAAGCCGAGCUGGAGACUAAGACUCUGGUGAUCGAGUUGGGCAGUGCACCGCAGGAACACACACAAGGCAGCAGGGAAACAGGGACGGAGGAGAGCGAAGGACAGACUGGAACGGAAACGGAGAGUGUGAACGGAGAUUACGAAGCUCUGAUAGUAAACGGCCACGACCACAGCCAGGUUCUCAAGACUGUACAGGCAGAGUGUGAUCUGCUGGGCAUCACUGACGCGUCUUCUCGUUGCGCGGACCACGUCAGGAAUGUAUGUUCGGUGAGCGGUCUGCAAGCCCUGGUAGACCCCGAGGGACAAGGGCCGGUCUCUGACAUGUUUCUUCUCCUCGCCAGCCGCCACACUGCCACCUCCAGCCUCGUCUCUUUUACCGAUGUGCACGUGAGGGUUCACAAGGUGGCGCCAGGCACAGUACUUGUGAUGUGGGACAGGGAACCCAGCGUGCAGGAGUUCAUCGUCCGUGUGGUUCUUGAUAGUGGAGAGACAUCGGAGAGUGUCACCGUUGCCUGCAGUAAGAGAGGAAGUGACUGCUUGGCAACCUUCAGCAACCUGACCAGAGGGCAUUACCAAGCUGAGGUGAGCUACACAAGGAAGUCCAAGAUAGUUUUAAGUUCCCAGUUCAUCAUGGAAGAUGACAUCGCCAAGGAACAGGAAACUGAUAACAAAUAAACCACUGAAUGUAUUGGUUGCGGGUCGUGUAAGAAUUAAAUAAGAUAAUAAAAUGGACACUAAUUAUAA